AUGGUAAUUAGGAUGUUGCCGUGUCAAAUCCUUUGCCUGCUUUUAGCGUUCUUGUGUUUCCAGGUUGAUUGUUCAUUGAGUUUCUCUUCCUCUUUUCAUCAUUCAUCAACUCAUUUAUGUCUCUCAGAACAAAGAGAUGCUUUGCUCGAAUUCAAGCACACCAUUUCUGUUGAUGAUGAUUGUGAUACUUACCCCACCAUAAAUUCUUGGAACCAAAGCACUGAUUGCUGUUCUUGGCAGGGAGUCAGGUGCAACAAGGUAACCGGUCAUGUAAUUGGCAUCGACCUCAGUCACGGCUGCCUUAACGGUUCUCUCUUUGCAAACAACAGCCUCUUCCACCUUCAAAACCUUCAAUGGCUCGACCUCAGUUUCAACUCGUUUUAUGGCUCUUUGCUUGAAAACAGCACCCUCUUCCACCUUCAAGGACUCCAACGACUCAACCUAGCUCACAACAAUUUCAAUGGCUCUAUCUCAUCCGAAUUAUUUAAUCAGUUAGUGAGUUUAACCCAUCUUAAUCUCUCUGAUUCUGGAUUCUCUGACUUAAUCCGAUAUGCAAUCAGUCUUCUAUCAAAUUUGGUUUCACUUGAUCUUUCUGGUAAUGAUGAUGAUACCAGCUUGAGUUUUGACGCUCAAGGUUUUGACAUGCUUGCAAGAAACUUAACCAAAUUAAGAAACCUUGUUCUUGAUUAUAUAGAUUUGUCUGGUGUUUCUAUUAAUUCUUUUCUAAACCUCAGUUCAUCUCUGGAACGUUUGAGUCUCUCAUAUUGUGAACUGCAUGGGGAAUUCCCAGGUGAAGUUUUUGGCCUUCCAUACCUCCAACAUAUACAUUUAAGUUGGAAUCAAAAUCUAACAGGUUAUCUCCCAAAGACAAACUUGAGUCUUGCCCUUGAGUUGUUGGACCUUUCCUUCUGUAGUUUUAGUGGGUCAAUUCCUUCAUCAUUUGGAAAUCUCACUCGAAUCAUCUUCAUAGAUUUUUCUGAAAAUGAUCUUGGAGGACAGAUUCCAGAUGUUUUUGAAAACCUUAACAAAUUAACUUCUUUGACAUUUUAUUCCUGCAAUUUCAGUGGUCAACUUCCAACAACUUUGUUCAACCUCACACAAUUAACCCAACUAGAUUUGUCACAAAAUCAAUUAGAAGGUGCCCUGCCAAAUCAUGUCAGUAAGCUUCAAUUGCUAGAGGCAUUUUGGGUACAUGACAACCAAAUAAGUGGUAGACUACCAUCUUGGCUGUUUACUUUACCAUCUUUGCAACAAUUAGACCUCAGCUAUAACAAACUGACUGGUCCUAUUGACCAAAUUCAGAAGCCUAAUUAUCUCGAUUAUAUCGAUUUGAGUUCUAAUGAAAUUCAUGGUCCAAUACCCAGUACAUUUUUUGAUCUUGUGAACCUUAGCUCGCUUCUUCUUUCAUCAAACAACUUGAGUGGUGUCAUCAAGUCAAAUAUGCUCUUGAAGCUCAAAAAUCUUUAUAAUCUUGAUCUUUCGAAUAAUAGUUUACUAUCAUUAAGCACAAGUGGCAAUGAUGUUAACUAUUCCUCCUCUCAGCUGGGUCUGGUGUUAUUUUCUUCUUGUGGCAUAAGACAGUUCCCAAAUUUCUUUCGAACAUCAAAGUUGAUGGUUUUAGAUCUUUCCAAUAACAAGAUUUCUGGUGGAAUUUCCAAAUGGUAA